AUGGACGGCCAUAGUCACAAUCGCCGUUCGCGCGUGCAGGGCCGUGAUGCCCGUGCCCGUGCUCAUAUUCAUGAUCACGCAAAGAGGGAGGUUGAGACAAUGGUAGAGGUCGUCUAUGUAACUGCAACGCCGACUGGGACUGGGAAAGUGAUUGGGUAUCAGACUUUGGACGAUAGCGACUCUUCCUCAACCCAGGUCAAGACAACCACUCCUGCAACGCCAAAGACAACCGCUACCAGUACCCAAGCAAAGACAACCACUACUGCCCAAGCAAAGACAACCACUACAGCUGCAGCCACAACACCAAGGACAACUUCGACCCCGAAGACCACAGCAAAGGCGACGUCAACCCAGGAAACUUCUGAAUCUGAGACAGAAUCCGAGACCACCGAGGCCGCUUCGUCAACUACUGAAGAGCCAAAGACCACGGCGUCUUCAACUGUGGAGGAUGACGCAAGCACUACAGAGAACCCUAUAACUUCGGUUCAGACAACCUUCAGUACUCGUGCCGCUUCCAGUAGCAGCGUCUCUUCUGCGGUUGCUCUCGAGUCUGCCACCAGUACUAUAACAUCCGCCUCCUCGACUAGCAGCGCCGUACCAGCAUCGGGCGGAUUAGGGACUACUGCGACUGCUGGGCUGAUUGCUGGCGCUGUUGCGAUUCUUUUGGUGGUGGGCGCAUUUGCAAUUUUUGCUUUCCGCAGGAGGUCGCAAAAGAAGGCGGCUGCAGCUUAUGGAAAGACUGAGGAUGAGAAACGUGGGGCUGCUGGAGCCGGAGGAUCUCAUGGGAUUUCGUAUGACGAAAAAUCAAAUGACACCCCCCCUGCUACGAGCUACGACAAGGCACCGAGGGUUUCCCUUCGUCCAGUCACCGAAUUCCUUCCAAAUUUGAUGACAACCCCCGCCGCAACAACUUCUGCUGCUAGUACCACGACUGCAGCUACUGCAGCAACAGCAAGUAUAGCAACUACUGCUACUGCCAGUGCUGCUUCUGCCACCGCUGCCGCCGCUACCAAGCAGGCCAAUACUUCUUCCGCUGGCUCUGCUACUUCAGCCGCUUCCCGCAAGGCACCACCAGCAGCUCUUAACCUCGUCAAACCAGAAAGCGCUCCUGCCGCUGCCCCUGUCAUCAUCGCCCCAUCGGUUGUCUCCCCAUCGGGCUCUACCUUCACAGAUGUGUCUACUUCUGCAUUCGUUGCGGCCAAUGGCGGAAUUGGACCAAAUCCCGUUCACCGUGUUCAAAUGGAGUUUAAGCCUUCUAUGGCCGAUGAACUUGAACUUCGCGCCGGUGCCCUUGUACGUCUUUUGCACGAGUAUGACGAUGGCUGGGCGCUCUGUACCCGCCUUGAUCGUUCCCAGCAGGGUGUUUGCCCGCGUACUUGUCUUUCCCAGCGCCCUGUCAAGCCGCGUCCUCAGGGUCCUCAGAUAUCCACUCAACAGGGUUAUGCACCUGGUCCUAAUGGCCGUCCACAGAGUCCCGCUAGAAAUGGACCCAUCCGCGCCUUUUCUCCCGCUGGUAGCCCUGUGUUGCGCACUCAAUCGCCAGGCCCUGGUCCUGCUGCACGUGGAUUUAACGCCAUGUCUCCUACAUUGAAGACACCCCAAUCCCCGGUACAGCGACCCCAGUCUACAGGUAUGGGCUACGUGAAACCCCAGUAUCGCCCUGCUGGCGAGUCUGCACCUAAAGUCGAAUCAACCCCCAGUACACCGAUAAUCUCCGCCCCAUCUUCGCCUAUAGCUCCUCCUGCGAUCUUGAGGGUUGGCCCUCCACCCCAAAUCACAAUCUCUGCGGCGCCAGAAGAUCGCCCGGCCAGCCCUAGCAACUCUAGGCCACAGAGCCCCGUCAGUCCUGUGAGCCCUAUGAACUCUGCAAGCCCUCCUGCGAGCCCUGUGAGCUCCGUGAGCUCUGGAGAAGUACCUUCUCCUAAAUUUGCGCCGGUCAAAUCAAGCCCCUUGGCCAAUGAACAGAGAGCCAGUAUCGUGGACGUUGUUGAGGAACCUGCAAGCACCGCACAACCACGUGCUAGCACCGAAAAACCACGUGCCAGUUCCGAGCAGCCACGUGCCAGCUCUGAGCAAGCUACUUUCCACGCCAUGUAA